GCAAGCAGUCAAUUCAUUCUCAAGAGCUAGUCUCCUUCAUUUUCCGCCCUUUUUUGUUUUUCUUCAUCUUUUUGUUUUUUCUCCCCGUACCCAAAGAGCUGUGCUCUGUAAUAUCAUACCAAAAUCUUUACAUUCUAAUCAUUCUAUCAAGUUGCCGGUCAACUUUUUAUUAAUUUUUUAUUCACAAACCUCCUAAUCCAUACAAUCCGAAUCUAACCACCAAAGACUAGUCUCUUCUUGCUCGAAUUAGCCAAUUUCAGUACAUUGAAUUUUCAUCUUAGUAUUUCGCAUCAAAAUCGAUCAAAAUGGCAGCCAUUCAAUUAUCAUUCUCUCUCCGUGUUUCUUCCAGUGUUAAGACCGUUCAUUUACUUGGUAGCUGGGAUAACUAUGCUGGUCAACUUCCACUCGCUAAAGACAAGACUUCUUCAAAAUCAGGUAGCUGGAAAGGUACUUUCAGAUUUCAAGGCACCACUCUUCAACCUGGUCAAAGAUAUUGGUAUUACUACAUCAUCGAUGGGUACCAUGUCUCACACGACCCUGCCGUCUCAUCAACUGUCGAACCAACUACCGGUCGCGUCCUGAACAUCCUCGACGUCCCAGUCGAAAAGUCCUCAAGUCGAUCAUCCAAGUCCAGCUCGUCAAGCUCCAAGCACUCUUCCAGCUCAUCAUCUAAGCAUUCUUCCAGCUCCAAAUCAUCACACUCUUCACAUUCAUCUUCCCACAGAGAAUCCCGCCGCGACUCACAUCUCAGCGUUGACAUUCCUAAAGGUCGACCCCUCUCCAUCUCUCAAAUCAAAUCUCCUAAACCCAUGUCUCCACACGCCACCAAGCACAUCCUCGAAGGUGAUUACGCUGGCCCAACUGUCGAUGAACUUACCGCACGCUUUGGUGCUACCACCAUGGAUGAGUACGACUACGAUUACGAUCUUCCAGGCUCACCAUCUUCAUCUGUCGGCUCUACCAUCUCCGACACCAGUGGCACCAGCUCUCCAUCUUCAGCUUCGAGCAUGAGCGAUUAUUCAUCAGGUUCUAACGUAUCAUCCUGCACGUGUGAAAGAUAUGGAAUUACGAGAAAGGGGGAUAGAAUCAAGUUGGAUUGUGGAGGUUCUCGAUGCGGAUCCAGCGAUUCAGACUCCUGUAGCUCAGAGGAUGAGGCUGAUUACUCACGAUCAUCCCGCAGAAAUGGAAUCGUUGUCCGUCGAUGAAUGAACACCUAAUGAUCCUGGACUGGAAACCCAACACAACACUGAGACUCAAACACAGUUUCACGAAGAGACAAAUGUGCCAUUUUCGCACCGCGUUCAAAUCUUCACCCUAGUGCAAGUUUUCGCAUCCAAUUAAAUAGAAAAUCACGAAAAAUAUGCAUGCAUACAUCAAGCCAAGUCUGGUACUUGUCAUGAUGUGUGUCCCACAGGAAACCGAAUCCGCGGUGCAAACCGAAAUUAGCGAACCGUUCGCGAAUUUCAUGUACACUUAACAAAUGACAAGUUUUCAUGGAACUAUUCACUGUACUUCUUCAACUUUUGGGAAGGAAAGGAAGGUUACCACAUGAAGAGGAGGAAAAGGGGACGAUAAAUUGCCAGAAGGGGGGGUGGUGCAGGGUAAUGAUAGGCACAUACUCUCAUGAUUGAAUGAGAUAUGACAGGUCUUUUAUUGGUAAUGAAACAUGAUGGUCAUGAUUCAUGAUGAUGAGGAAUGUUGGCACGACAGAUUGGAUAAUGAUUAUGUGUCAAAUCAUGAUAACGAGAUGAUAGAUAGAUGGGAUAGAGGACA